AAUGCAACCGGCUCUGGUUGGGAUGAAGCUUUCGCAAAGGCUUCCGUAUUCGUGUCGCGGCUUACUCUGGAAGAAAAGGCUACCCUAGUCACUGGCACUGGCGGACCAUGCGUUGGAAACAUCGGCAGUGUGCCUCGUCUAGGCUUCAAUGGAAUGUGCCUCCAAGACGGCCCGCUCGCCAUCCGAGUCGCCGACUAUGCUUCCGUCUUCCCAGCUGGUCUCACUGUUGCCGCGUCGUGGGACCGCAAGCUUGCCUACCAAAGAGGUCAAAACCUCGGAGAUGAAUUCAAGAAUAAAGGAGCCCAUGUCAUGUUGGGACCAGUUGCAGGGCCGCUCGGACGAUCUGCGUACGGCGGAAGGAACUGGGAAGGAUUCUCUCCUGAUCCUCAUCUGACUGCGGUCAUGUUCGAGGAGACCAUUCUCGGUGCCCAAGAUAGGGGAGUUCAGGCUUGUGCGAAGCACUACAUUGGCAACGAGCAGGAAGUGCAACGAAAUCCCGGCAACAACGACAACGGAGAACGGAUCGAAGCCGUGUCGUCGAACAUCGAUGAUCGUACGAUGCAUGAGCUUUACCUUUAUCCAUUUGCGAACGCGAUACGUGCAGGCGCUGCUUCGAUCAUGUGCUCCUACCAGCGAGUCAACGGAUCGUAUGGCUGUCAAAACAGCAAGACCCUGAACGGUCUUCUGAAGGACGAAUUAGGUUUCCAAGGCUACGUCGUCUCAGACUGGGGAGGAACCCACUCUGGAUACCAAGCCAUCAACGCCGGACAAGACAUGGACAUGCCAGGCUCCCUUGGCGGAAGUCCCGGCGCCUCCUUUUUCGGCGGCAACAUAACCAUCAACGUCCAAAACGGCAGUCUCUCCAUCGAACGACUCGACGACCAGGUCCGAAGGAUCAUGACUCCCUACUUCCAUCUCAAGCAGGACACGGACUACCCACCCAUCGAUGGCAGCUCGCCUGCGCUGAACAAUCGGAACCCAUCGUCAUUCAACUACACCUUCACGUUCGGCCCUGCGGACGUCGACGUCCGCGAAAAUCACGCAGACCACAUACGCGAGCUCGGCGCGGCGGGGAUCGUUCUGCUCAAGAACGUCAACAACACACUUCCUCUCCAGAAGCCAAAGAACAUCGGCGUGUUCGGCAACGAUGCAGGCGAUCUAACCGACGGUCUCUACUCAGCAGGCAACCGAGACCUAGGUAACGUCGGCUACGACUUCGGCGUGCUACCUGUUGGAGGCGGAUCCGGCACCGGUCGUCUCACGUAUGUUAUCUCACCGCUGGAGGCGAUCAAAACCCGCGCUGCAGAGCAAGGGAACAAGCCGUUGGUGCAGUAUGUGCUUAACAACACACUUGUGAAUUUGUCGAGAGGAUUCAACAUUCUCUUCCCACGUCCACCAGAAGUAUGCAUGGUAUUCCUCAAGACCUGGGCCACCGAAGGUGAUGACCGGACUUCGCUGCUUGUCGACUGGAACGGCACCGCGCUAGUCAACACGGUCGCUUCGCAGUGCUCAAAUACGAUUGUUGUCACGAAUAGUGGUGGACUGAACGUCCUGCCCUUUGCGGACCAUCCGAAUGUGACGGCGAUCCUGGCGGCUCAUUAUGGUGGUGAGCAGCAGGGUAAUUCGAUUGUGGAUGUCCUCUGGGGCGACGUCAAUCCCAGCGGCCGCCUGCCAUACACCGUCGCCAAGAACGAGAGCGACUACGACUUCGCCGCCAUUACCAACUCCACCGCUCUGCUCAACUCCUCCGACCCGAACGCCUGGCAAUCCGACUUCAAAGAGAGACUUUUGAUCGACUACCGCUGGUUCGACUACUUCAACACCACAGUCCAAUACGAAUUCGGCUUCGGCCUGAGCUACACCACCUUCUCCCUCGCCGAUCUCGCCAUCACUGCGCUCAGCACUUCAGCAGUACCCUCAACUCCACCCGCUCACUCUAUCGCUCCAGGCGGUAACCCUGCGCUAUGGCAAGCCCUAUUUCGUGUAACCACAACUGUUACCAACACUGGCUCGGUACCCGGCGCCACCGUUCCCCAGCUAUAUUUAGCUCUGCCAGGCCCACCGAACGACGAUAUCACGCCAGUGAGAGUCCUGAAGGGCUUCGAGAAAGUGUUCCUACAGCCGGGAGAGAGCCAAGAGGUAUGUUUCGACUUGGCCAGGAGGGAUCUAUCGUACUGGGACGUGGUUACCCAGGACUGGAGAAUCGCGGAGAGAAGUAUUGGAGUCGAGGUGGGGUUCUCGAGUCGGGAUGUUAAGCUGAAUGGGGAGUUGCAGCCGCUGGCGUAG